AUGGAGUUGCACAGGUUGCGAAGCAAUUAUCCUUAUCUUCGGCCUCGGAAAAAGGGCACCUGCGCUUAUUGCAACCGACGCCUGGGGGGUAAUCUCGACCCUUCAUCUCCCACAUUUGAUGCCCGCUUUUGGGUCAAGGAGUUCAACAGAUUGCUCGAAUCGGAUCCUGACUCUGCACCUCCUCGAUCCCUUGGCGUUGCGUUCAAAAGGCUGGGUGUAUUCGCAUAUGGGACUGCUUCUGAGUUUCAGAAGACCACAGCAAGCGUCGUGAUUGAAGCCGCGACCUACCUUACACGAUGGCUUGAUGGAAAUCGACAAAGCCCACGGGUGGAUAUUCUACGCGACUUCGAAGGGGUCGUUGAGAAAGGGGAGAUGUUGCUUGUUCUAGGCCCCCCCUGGCUCUGGAUGCUCGACUCUUCUCAAAUCCCUGGCAGGGGAAACAGCAGACUUGAAUUUGGUGAGACUUUGACAUUCGCAUCUCGUGCAAGCUCUGUUAGACGCGUCCCGAAAGGCUUCACUCGCCAGCAGUUGGAUACAGUUCGUCGCAAUGUCAUGAUGGCGAUCUUUGGCCUGAACCAUACCAUCGAUACUCGGGUCGGAGACGAUUUCGUACGUGGUGUUAGCGGUGGAGAGCGAAAGCGCGUUAGCAUUGCAGAGGCAUCUCUUACUGGAGCCAAGUUCCAGUGUUGGGACAAUUCUACCCGGGGCCUGGACAGCGCCAAUGCUAUCAAUUUCUGCAACAAUCUACGACUCCAGGCAGAUCUUCUUGAUAUAACCUCGGCUGUGACCUUAUAUCAAGCACCACAGUCAGCCUACGAUAUGUUUGAUCGGGUCACACUGUUAUGUGAAGGCAGACAAAUAUUCUUUGGUCAUAUUACCGAGGCAAAAGGCUAUUUUGAGAACCUGGGAUUCAUCGAGGAGCGCAGGGUGCAACCCGGGUGUGAAGGAUCCGCACCUCGCUCAGCAAAAGACUUUGCAGAAAGAUGGAAGUCAAGUGAGCAACGGAAGAAGCUACUUCUUGAAGUGGCAUCAUAUGAGCAGAAACAUCCUUCAGAGGUUCGAAUGAUGGAAUAUGAAAUAUCUCGACGUGCCGAACAAGCGGAGCAGCAGCGUGCCAUGUCUCCCUACACCAUAUCAUAUGCCCAACAAGUUUCCCUGACUCUCUGGCGCGCAUAUCGGAGACUGCUUGCUGAUCCCGGAUUCACGAUAGCUUCCCUCCUUUUCAACGUCAUUAUGGCGCUGAUUCUAGGGAGCAUGUUCUACGAUCUCAGCCCUGACACCUCUACCUUCUACUACCGUGGAGGGCUUAUAUUCUUCUCACUACUUUUUAAUGCAUUUGGGAGCCAGCUUGAAGUCUUGACCAUCUAUGCAGAGCGGCCCGUCGUCGAGAAGCAAAAUCGCUACGCCUUCUAUCACCAGUCUGCCCAGGCCAUUGCAAGCUACCUCACCGACCUGCCUUACAAGAUCAUUAACAUGUUUGUUUUUAAUAUACUAAUUUACUUCAUGGCCGGCUUAAAGCGAGAGGCAGGUGCUUUCUUCUUCUUCUGCCUUGCUACGCUUCUCACCACACUGAUUCUAUCGGCUCUCUUUCGCACCUUGGCUUCCAUAACCAGGACCCCUGAUCAAGCAAUGAUACCUACUGCAGUUCUGAGCCUUGGACUGAUGAUAUAUACCGGAUUUACUACCCCGCCGGCAUACAUGCCGGGGUGGUCGCGGUGGAUGGCGUACAUCAAUCCUCUUUCAUAUGGCUUUGAGUCCUUGAUGGCCAACGAAUUUCACGGUCGAGAUUUUCCAUGCGCAAGCAUGGUACCCAGUGGCCCAGGGUAUACAGCCCUGCCAUCCGCAUCGCAGGUAUGCUCUGUUGUUGGUUCGGUAGUCGGCUCCACUAUUGUCAAUGGAGAUGACUAUAUCGGCAAGUCUUUCGACUACCACAAUGUCCAUAAAUGGAGAAAUAUUGGAAUUCUCUUCGCGUUUGUGGUUUUCCUUUUCCCUGCCUACAUCUUAGCGGCUGAGGGCUUUCUCGGCCCAAGAAAUAUGCAAACCGUGGAUUCGGAGAACCAAGAAAAGACACGUCCCAUCGUCGCAGAUAAAGUACCAUCUUUGCCCCCGCAGAAAAAUGUUGUUUCUGGAAGGGAUGUGUUUCACUGGGAGGAUCUUUGCUACGAUAUCAAAGUCAAAGACGGGACUCGCCGCCUCUUAGAUCAUGUUGACGGCUGGGUAAAACCAGGCAUGUCCACAAUCCUCAUGGGUGUGUCUGGGGCAGGAAAGACGACUCUCCUAGACGUUCUGGCAACCCGUGUUACUACUGGCGUCGUGAGUGGUCAUGCAAUGGUCAACGGAAAGCCCACAGAUCCUUCCUUUCAGCACAAGGUCGGCUAUGUUCAACAGCAAGACCUUCACCUGAGCACUAUGACAGUCCGCGAAGCUCUGUGUUUUAGUGCUCUCCUUCGACAGUCCGCGGAAGUACCCAAGUCAGAAAAGAUCGACUACGUGGAACAUGUGAUCGACAGACUAGAGAUGCGAGAGUUCGCGGAUGCUGUCAUCGGUGUUCCCGGGGAGGGACUCAAUGUCGAGCAACGGAAGCGUUUAACGAUUGGCGUGGAGCUGGCCGCUCGACCCCAGCUUUUGGUCUUCUUGGACGAACCGACAUCGGGACUGGAUUCGCAGACAUCAUGGGCAAUUUCAGAGCUUAUUAAAAAGUUGACUAACAGUGGCCAAGCAGUUCUCUGCACUAUCCAUCAACCGUCUUCUAUCCUUUUCGACCAAUUUGAUCGACUCCUACUUAUCGCACCGGGGGGCAAAACAGCUUAUUUUGGUGAUCUUGGCUGCGGUGCUUCGACUCUAAUUCAAUAUCUCGAGAAGAACAAUGCCAUGCCAUGUCCAGCGGGCGCUAAUCCCGCUGAGUGGAUGUUGCAGGUGAUAGAGCCGCAUACGGAUGGCAGCAAUGGACCGGAUUGGCACCGAAUUUGGCUAGACUCUCCCGAGUAUCAAGCUGUCAAAGAAGAGCUUCAUAAUCUGCGAACCCCGCAUGCAACAGACCGCACAAUUGAUGAUGGUGUCACUAAUGAGAAAAAUUCACAGUACCAAGAAUUUGUGGCCUCUUUCUGGCCUCAGUUUGGACUAUCUCUCUAUCUGGGAUUUAGCUUCAACGCCGAUAAUUCGAUUCAAGGCCUUCAGAAUCAGCUAUGGGCUAUUUUCAUGCUACUCGUUGUAUUCAUCAACAUCAAUGAGCAAAUAAUGCCUAUCCUUCUACCUCAGCGGGCCCUCUAUGAGGCACGUGAAGGGCCUUCGAAAAUUUAUAGAUGGACAACAUACCUACUGGCAAACGUUUUUGUCGAGCUCUUCUGGCAUACUCUCAUGGCCGUUAUAAUGUACUUUUGCUGGUACUAUCCCGUCGGCUUCGUCCAAAAUACCACCGCCGAUGAUCAUGCCAUCCGCGGGUUUGCCGUUUUCCUUUUCCUAUGGGUUUAUCUUUGGUUCACCAGCACAUUUGCCCACUUUGCCAUCUUUUGGAUUGACCUUCCCGAAACCGCUGGCGUACUCACUAGCCUUUUUUGGAUGCUGUGUAUCCUGUUUUGUGGAAUUGGCGUACCGCUGGCCGACCUUCCGACCUUCUGGAAAUUCAUGUACCGUGUGUCGCCAGCCACAUAUCUCGUCGGGGGUAUCAUGUCCAACGCAGUCGCAAACGCGGAAGUGAGUUGUGCUGAUCACGAGAUCCUCCGAAUGGCUUCAAUUGGAAACCUGACUUGCAACGAAUUCCUCGGCGCAUAUAUCGACGCAGCUGGCGGUCGGGUCCUGAACCCUGCAUCGCGGGAUAUUUGCCAAUAUUGUCCAUUGGCCACGACGAACGAAUUUCUUCAACGAUUUCAGAUUUAUUACAGCACGAGGUGGCGAGAUUUUGGGCUGAUUUGGAUUUACAUUCUUGUUAAUAUACUCGCCGGCCUUGGGCUUUAUUGGGUCUUUAAGGUUCCCAAAGGAAGGGGUAGCAAGAAGGCUUCGGCAUUUUCGAACUGA